AUGGAUGAUUCAGUACAACAGGAAUCUGAUACACAGCGGUACUGUUAUCCGUCAACCAAUGGAUCCUGUAUUAAAGGCAAUCAAACCAUGGCAGCUCAGGUCAUCUUGUAUAUUUUCUUUGUGACAGGAAUAAUGCUUACAGUUCUUGGAAACUUGUUUGUCAUCAUCUCAAUCACACACUUUAAAAAGCUCCAUACACCAACUAACAUAUUGGUAAUGUCUUUGGCAGUGGCAGAUCUGCUACUUGGAGUGCUUGUGAUGCCAUUCAGCAUGAUCAGAUCUGUGGAGAACUGCUGGUAUUUUGGGGAAGUUUUCUGUUCAGUGCACUCCAGUUUUGAUAUGUUCCUUGCAACAGCCUCCAUUUUUCACCUGAUUAGCAUAGCCAUUGACCGAUAUGAGGCAGUGUGCAAUCCGCUCCGUUAUUCCACACGAAUAACCAUCCCUAUUGCAUUUUUUAUGGUCGCUCUGAGUUGGGUCUUCGCAGGUGCAUACUCCUAUGGGCUUCUUUUUUCAAAGGCUAAUGUAAAAGGGCUGGAAGAUUACAUUGAAUCGAUACAUUGUUUUGGUAGUUGUUAUCCUUUUGUUCUUUCAUUCAAUGCUCUAUGGGGUGUUCUGGACACUAUGAUUGCAUUUUUUGUGCCUUGUUUUAUUAUGAUGGGUUUAUAUGCAAAAAUAUUCUUUGUGGCCAGGGAGCAUGCGAGAAGGAUCGGAGACAUGAACCGUAAUAUGCCUGCAAAUGAGGAAAACAAGAACAAACUGUCUCAACGUUCUGAGCAAAAAGCAUCAAAGACGCUGGCCAUUGUUAUGGGUGUCUUCAUUCUUUGCUGGUUGCCUUUCUUUAUGAAUUCAUUAAUUGACCCCUACACUACCUUUUCCACGGUUUCUAUAGUGUCCGAUGUAUUUGUGUGGCUCGGCUACUUCAAUUCCACUUUAAAUCCCAUCAUCUAUGCAUUAUUUUACCCUUGGUUCCAAAAAACACUAAAGCUCAUUAUUACUUUCAAAAUAUUCACUCCACAUUCCUCAAAUAUCAAUUUAUUUUCUGAAAGAUGA